CUCAGCUGCGAUAAUGUAGUAAGUGGUGCGAGGCGACCACGAGGGGAGGAGUAUGAGUUCUCCUGAGCCCUGCCCACCAGCUGCAAACAUAUAAGACGCUGCGACGAAGGACGAUCACACACCUUAAGUCCCAAAUCCUCAUGAAAAGACUAAAGACUCAGAACCAACCUUCACCCACAUUUCACCUAUUUUAGCUUUUUUCAGCAUUUUCUCAACAUUCUCCCUGUUCUGGACUCAAGAAGCAGCUUUCCCCCUUGAGGCCAUGGCUCAGCUGGACUCGGAGUUUGCCGUGGAGGGCAGCAGCGUCUCCAGGGAGUGGAGCGGGCAGGUCCAGCCGGCGCUGGUGGCCACCUUCGUGUUCCUCUUCUGCCUGGAGGCGUGUCUGUGGGUGCGGAACCUGCGGCUGAAGCGGCGGCUGCCGGGCCCCUUCGCGUGGCCGCUGGUGGGCAACGUCAUGCAGCUGGGCCACAUGCCCCACAUCACCCUGGCCCGGCUGGCCAAGAAGUACGGCAGCGUGUACCAGAUCCGGCUGGGCCGCAGCGACAUCGUGGUUCUGAACGGGGAGCGGGCCAUCCGCCAGGCGCUCAUAGAGCGCGGCGCCGACUUCGCCGGCAGACCGGACUUCGCCUCCUUCCAGCAGAUCUCGGGCGGCCGGAGCCUGACCUUCACCAGUUACAGCCAGCAGUGGAAGGCGCACAAGAAGCUGGCCCAGUCCACGCUGCGCGCCUUCUCCUCCGCCAACACGCGCACCCAGCGGGCCUUCGAGCAGCACGUCACCGGCGAGGCCGUGGAGCUGGUGCAGGUGUUCCUGCGCCGCGGCGCCGACGGCCGCUGCUUCAACCCGGCGCACGACUUCACCGUGUCGGCCGCCAACAUCAUGUGCGCGCUGUGCUUCGGCGCCCGCUACGGACACGACGACGCCGAGUUCAGAGCGCUGCUCAAGAGGAUCGAGAGGUUCGGCGAGACCGUCGGCGCCGGCAGCCUGGUGGACGUCAUGCCCUGGCUCCAGUCCUUCCCCAACCCGGUCCGCAGCGGCUACGAGAACUUCAAAAACCUCAACGAAGAGUUUUUCGCCUUCGUGUCCAGUAAAGUGGGGCAGCACCGCGAGACCUUCGACCCAGACGUGACCCGCGACAUGAGCGACGCCAUCAUCCACCGGAUCGAGCACGACAAGGACAGCGGCCUGAGCGCAGAGUUCGUGGAGGCCACGGUCGCGGACCUGAUCGGCGCCGGGCAGGACACCGUGUCCACCGUCCUGCAGUGGAUCGUCCUGCUGCUGGUCAAACACCCCGACGUCCAGGCCCAGCUCCACCAGCUGCUGGACCGCGUGGUGGGUCCGGACCGGCUGCCGUCGCUGGAGGACCGGCGCCGCCUGCCGUACCUGGACGCCUUCAUCUACGAGGCCAUGCGCUUCACCAGCUUCGUCCCCGUCACCAUCCCCCACUCCACCACCGCCGACGUCAGCGUGGAGGGGCUGCGCAUCCCCAAGGACACCGUGGUCUUCAUCAACCAGUGGUCCGUCAACCACGACCCGCUCAAGUGGAGGGACCCGCACGUCUUCGACCCCUCGCGCUUCCUGGACGCCAGCGGGGCGCUGGACAGGGACGCGGCCGGCGGCGUGAUGAUCUUCUCCACGGGGCGGCGGCGCUGCGCGGGCCACCAGGUGGCCCGCGUCAUGGUCUUCCUGUUCACCGCCGUGCUGCUGCACCAGUGCCGCUUGGAGGGCGACCCGCGCGAGCCGCCGCGCCUGGACUGCUCCUACGGGCUGAGCCUGAAGCCGGUCCACAUCAGCGUGGGCGCCCGGCUGAGGGGGAAGCUGCUCGGCCCGGUGUCGCCGGCGUGAGCGCGUUCAGCGGUGACGGAGCAAAUGUGGAUGCAGGAGGCAGAGGACUGGAGCCUGUGGACUGUUCCAGGUUCUGAGACUUCACUAAAAAUACUUGAUCUGAUUCUGUACAUAACUGAGUGAGUGAUGCACGUACGUGCGCACGUUCACGCCGACGUCCGUCUGACGUGAAGAAGAAACGCGCGGUCAGUUAACGAGAAGUCUGAGUAUAUUCAAGCCUUGCUUUGUACAGCAGUUAUGCAUUUUAAUAGUGUCUCAUUUCAGCUGCGAUAAUAAAUGCUGUGUAUUUCACUAUCUACUGUACUCAAUCAUAUGGACACAUUAACCAUGAAGCUGAUGUGAGACCACGGAGCAUCACAGACGUCCUGCUCGUCCCCAGCGCGACAACGCACAUGUGCAGCAAAUUUCCUUCACUCAUGAGACGUUCUCCAAGCAUGUUUGUUUACAAAGUAGCGUGUUCAAAGCUACGCGGCCGCCGCUGCAGCCUGAUGUCACAGCGUGUGUGUGUGUGUGUGUGUGUGUGUGUGUGUGUGUGUGUGUGUGUGUGUGUGUGUGUGUGUGUGUGUGUGUGUGUGUGCGUGUGCGUGUCAUGGCAACAAAUGAAAGUCAGCCGGCCUCCGACGCUUCAUACGCUGGAAAAUAAGCUACAGUAUGUUUGAAAUGAAUAAAGUGAACUCCUCAGAG